UUUCGCAACACAAAGGCCGAAACGGUUCGCGGACGAAUACACAACAUAUUACUAUAAUCGCCUGAGCAGGCGAUACAUAUAGUCGAGAUGACCCUCUUCAUUCUCACCGAGACGUCGGCUGGUUAUGCAAUUUUCAAAGCACGGGACAAGAAGCUUCUCAAACGCGAUGAUUUGGCAAAAGAGGCCGAGACGGCGGAAGGCGUCAGCAGCUUGAUGAAGCUGAAGCAGUUCCGCAAAUUCGACAGUGCAGCAUCGGCAUUGGAAGAGGCGGCAGCUCUCACCGAAGGCAAAGUCACACCCAUGCUCGCGAACAUGCUUGGAGAUCUCAAGGAUGAGAAGAAGAUAUCCCUCGCGGUUGCGGACCCCAAGUUGGGCAAUGCGAUCACCAAAAUUCCCGGUCUCCAGAUCUCACCCAUCUCAGAUUCGACGACGGCAGAUCUCUAUCGAGGAAUUCGCGAACACCUGCCUUCACUCAUCUCCGAUCUCAAACCCGAAGACAUCAGCACCAUGUCUCUUGGUCUCUCCCACAGCUUAUCACGGCAUAAGCUCAAAUUCUCUCCUGAUAAGGUGGAUACAAUGAUCAUCCAAGCUAUCGCCUUGCUCGACGAUCUGGACAAAGAGCUGAACACAUACGCUAUGCGAGUAAAGGAAUGGUAUGGCUGGCAUUUCCCCGAGAUGGCACGCAUUAUCAACGACAACCUUGCCUACUCGCGCGUCAUUAUCGCUGUUGGUAUGCGCUCGAACUGCGGCACCACUGACCUUGGCGAAAUCCUCCCUGAGGAGAUCGAGGGCGCCAUCAAGGCAGCUGCCGAGGUCUCAAUGGGUACCGAGAUCACAGAGGAAGAUCUUGUUAACAUUCAAGCACUUGCCGAACAAGUUGUUGGCUUCACAGAGUACCGAUCGACGCUAGCGAACUACCUGUCAGCUCGUAUGCAGGCCAUCGCACCUAACCUUACAGCGCUCGUCGGUGACUUGGUCGGCGCCCGCCUCAUCGCACACGCUGGAUCUUUGAUGACUCUCGCUAAGAAGCCCGCCUCUACCGUGCAAAUUCUCGGUGCUGAGAAGGCUCUGUUCCGUGCCCUGAAGACCAAGCAUGAUACACCCAAAUAUGGUCUCAUCUUUCACGCCAGUUUGAUUGGUCAGGCAACUGGCAAGAAUAAGGGCAAAAUUGCACGAAUGCUAGCCACUAAGGCCACCCUUGGCCUCCGCGUUGACGCACUCAGCGAUUGGGGACAAGCCGGCGCUGGACAAGAGGAGGAGCCUACUGAGGAGGAGAAGUCUGCUGUCGGAGUUGCUGGACGGAACAUGGUUGAGCGAAGACUACGUGCCUUGGAGGGCAAACCACUCAAGAUGAGCAACGUCUCCAUUGGCCCGCAAGGUCAGAAACAGCAACAGCCUGGCAAAUGGGACCUCAAGGAGGCUCGCAAGUACAACGCAGAUGCCGAUGGUCUUUCUGCCGACGCUGCCCCAGCAGCAGCGCCCGUCACGAAUGGCACAGAAUCGAGCAAGAAGAAGCGCAAGCUGAUCGAAGAAGUGGCUGCUGUGGAUGAGGCCGAGGAAGACGAUGACGACGAGGACAGCAGUGACGACGAUGAGACUGUUGCUCCUUCCAGCGCCAAGAGCUCCUCGAAGAGCGAAGACAAGGUCAACAAGGCAGCAGAGAAGGCCGCGAAAGCCGCGAGGAAGGCAGAGAAGGCAGCCAAGAAAGCAGCCAAAGCCGCAAAGAAGGCCGCCAAAGAAGAGAAGAAGAAACGCAAGGGCGGAGAUGAUGAGGACGAGACUGCGCCGAAGAAGAAGCAGAAGAAGAGCAAGGCUUAAUCAGUGCGACUGCAUGUUGUCCUGCGUUUCGUUCUUCCUCAUUAUUGAUAUGCUUGGGCUGGCGUUUUGUCGAGACUCCGUGGGCUCAGUGGACUCUUGACGAGUUCUCAAGGCGUUUGAGGCGCGUUUGGUUUGCUAUGCGGUUGUGGCAUUGUCAUUAUUCUUUACCUGCACCAUGUAGAUGUUCUCCUUUGUGUCAGCACCCAUCAGCUUCGGGCUGCUCGUCUGCCACGAUUUAUAUGUACAGAAGAAUCUGAUCACUCGAAAGUUAUCUCGUUUCACACGUAACUUGUGGCGGACGAUUGCUCAAUGUUCGGAGUCACCAUCGCAGCGUUUGUCGGUGCAUAUAGACACUACUAUCGCGAGCACCAUCAUCCCUUGUGCCGGCAGCUAUUUAAUGCCUAGGUACACGUGAAAUGGCAAGG